ACUCAACUAUGUUGUAGACAGUCGAUAUGUUAGAAACGAUAACAUGCUCUGCGUCAAAAAGAAAUGACAUACCGGUAUUCGGUUUUUAUCGAACCUCAUGAUAUAAUGCCUGAACUUGUCGACGAAGUUUUAUCUUACCCAAACGACUUAUAAUGACACGGAUAUUUACUUUGCGAUAAGGUUUAGAAUGAACUAGGACAGUAAUAGUGUUUUAUUGUUCUAUUUGGAUAUAAGUUGGUAUUAAUAUAUAUAAUUUGGCAUAGUACUACAGCAAGGUUACUGUUGGCGCAACCUGUUCGGCGGCCCAGUGAAAACAACACAAAGGAAGAAAAUAAGACCUGUUCUGCAUCUUUAAAUAAGAUGUCCGCCUUUGACUACGAGGAGAAGCUAGAGCUGGAGCGUAAACGUCAGGGGUUAAAGAGGCACCUGAGUCAGCUGGAGGACGAUGAUAAAGACUUACGGGAGAACUUCCGAAUUGAGUCCAGGCUCCAGAAGAAUACUAUCACCUUACCACCUGAUCUAGUUCCGGAUCCGGGAGCAUUGUUAAUGAAGAAUGAGCAUGGACAGAUUAUACUAGUCAAGCAAGGUGCAAUAGCCGGCCAGCAGAAUGUCUCGUCAGUGGCACUAUCAACCAGUAACACGCCUCAGAAGGUCCAGUAUGUCCGGCACCCUACUGCAAACACGGCCCAAAGACCUCCCACGGGUCAGUUAGUGCACAUCCAGCAUGGGGCUCUAUCUUCCAACCCUUCUGCGGUGCGGCAGACCACUCCGUCCCCAGUGAACGCAGUACCCACCCAGCAGCCAGUCCGGGUUGCCGCGCCACAGGGCGGCAUGCAAACAGUCAUGCGAACCUCCACACCAACUGCAGGGAGUCAGGCUGCUGUUGCGCCUAAUGCUCAACAACAGGCGAUGAUAGAUAAUGCAAAAAAAUGCAAGAAUGUCUUGUCCACGUUUAUCAAAUUAGCCGCUAGUCAACCGGAGGUGACAGUCAGCAGUGUUCGUGAUCUCAUACAAGGACUGAUAGAUGGCAAACUGGAACCUGAAUUGUUUUCAGAACGGUUGCAAAAAGAGUUCAAGGCAGCACCACAGACAUAUCUUAUUCCAUUUCUCAAGAAAAGCCUUCCACUAUUGCGUCAAUCUUUGUUGAACAAUACGAUGUCAAUAGAUGGUGUGAAGCCCCCUCCACCUGAGAUUGUACAACAAUCAUGGCCAGUCUCUGUAGCACCAGUUCCCACUGCUGUGUCUCAUCUGCAACAGGUCAGCAGCUCUGAGUCUGAAAGUUCUGGAGAUAGCCGCAGUCGCAGUAAAACCAGGAAGCAAUCGAAGAAAAAGAAAAAAAACAAGCAAGUUUCUAAGUCCCCAACAAAACUGAAGCUUCCCAGUCCUAGCCCAGGGCGCAGGGGUGAAAAAAAUGAGGCCACGAGGUUAGUGUCUCCUGUGAAAAAGAAAAAAGCUGGAAGAAGAGCAUCGCCAGAGUUUGAGAGGGAAUCCAGAGUUGAAAAGGUCUUAGGGUCCCGACGACAGAUAAAGUCAAUGUCGCCGAGUUUUGAAAAAUCGUUGUCAUUUUAUGCGGAUGAUAAAAAGGCCAGGAAAGCAGAGCAAAAGAAGAAGAAGAAAGAAGCCAAAACUCUUGAUAAGUCGAACAACACCUCGCUGGAUAGGUCACGCGGUUAUGAGAGCCGUGACAGGGAGCUGAGUCCGAUGUCGGACUUGAGAUCAAACUCACCCAUGAAAAAGAAGAAGAAAAACAAAAAGAACAAGGACAAGGAUAAAGAUAGCGAUCCAUCUCCUCUAAGAGAGGAUGUUGUUAAACUAAAACAGAAGGAGGAUAAAACUAAGGCAAGAGAUAGGUCUAUGUCGCCAGUCCCUAUGAAGUCCUUGGAGAAAAGGAAUCUGGAUCGAUCACAUGACCGCAAGGAAUUAGAACCAAGGGGCAGAUCACCCAUGGGUGGUAAGAUGUCAAAGUCACCCGUUCCUCCAAGAAGGGCACGAUCACCGGACCCAGCGCCCAGAGUGCAAACGUCCAGUUCUGCAUGUUCGGUUGACAAUAUGCUACAUGUAUGUAGUGGAGAGUCCUUAAAUGAGUCUUCUGUUGAUAUGAUAAACGUGGAUCCUUCUGACCAUAGCAAUGUGGAGAUGGGGAUGCUAGAAGAUGAAACUGCAUCCAAAGCUCCAGCAUUGCCGAUUGGGCAGCAACACAAUGUGGUUCUUCGGGAAAAGCAUAAGCCAAUCAGCUUUGUUGACAAAGUGAGAUUGAUGCGACAGCAUAGGCCUUCCAUGCCCCUUGCCCCUGAAAACAGGAAAGCUUGGAUUAGAAAACUAUGCUCCAUUUUCCAAGUGGAGGACAUGCGAAGGUUCCAACAAAGCUAUGGCAUUCACCUCCAAAUGGCUCAGCUGGAGCAGAACGUCUGGGACAUGGUGGAAGAAUCAGAAUCUGCGGUUAAAAUUACGGAAAAGUUUUUCCGGCCGUUAAUGAAAUUGUCAGACGAUAAAAUAAAAACAUGUCUCGAAAUCCUGAAAAGAUUAGGUCUGGCAGAAUAUAAUGAGAAAGUGAAGGAAUUUUCACCGGUAUUUUUAAAAAAGAGGAAAGUUGAGGAUGCCUGUGAGAUGGAAGAAAGAAAUGGAAAUGAAGAUCUACUGGACAAGUGCAACAAAAUGGCUGAAAAUUUGAAGGCAUCUCAAGACAGGUGUUCUAAGCUGGAAAAAGAAAAUUCCGAAUUGAGAAAUAAACUCGCCAAAGGCGAUGUCUCUAGUAACAUGCACCUCCAGAACCUUCAGGGCUUGGUGGCACUGGCAAAUGCCUCCGCUAACCCAGGUACGAGCCUUCUUGAUUCACACAUCUGCGGUCUCGUGUCUCAAGCACAUAACAUGCAGGGCCAUAGUAGGGCCACAAAUACCUCCGUCACUGAUAUGGCCACGCCCAACAUAAUGGGGAACAGUAACGGGGUUCCUUUACAUUUCGGAAACAACAGCUCUUUUGGCUUGGGAAAUAAUGGGUCAUCCGGCGAGGGUUCAAGUAAUAUUUAUUUGGCCACAAUCAUGCAAAAUAUGGGAGACUAUAGCAAAGUGGUCGGGAAUUUAGCAAAAAUGGGAAAUAGCAGCAUGUCCCAAGGCGGAAUGGGAAUUAAUUCUGGUAGAAGUUUGGUGAACGGGAAUGCAGAUGUGAUGGGCAUGGGAAAUAUGGCCCUGACUGGAGCUAUGGGAAUCAAUGGCAGUUUUAAUAGUAUGCAUGGCAAUGCAAACAUGGAUAUGGAUACCGGGCAGAAUAUGGUGGCAGGAGGGGCUUCCAACCUUCACAACCAAUCAGUCUCUCUGUCCGGGUCUAACGGUUCCCUCAGUGGGUUCACAGGACUGCAGGGGCUGGGGAACAGCCUCGCCGCCACCACCAUGUCGCCUUGCCUCACCAAUGGCAACUCCGGGCUCGACGCCUUGAGUCAGGCGUACACAGAAUUUCACCAAUACGCAGGCUCGUCAGGUUUACUCAGCCCAGCUACAGAGGCUAACAGUCCCAUGAGCUUAUCAUCCCAACCAAUGCCAGUCAACCUGGAGCUGGUCGUAUCCGUGGAUCUACCAAAGACUGGAGAUGAUAAGAAGGAGCCUCUCCUCACUGGACUGGACUUCCUGCCGGACGGGAGACUGGUAGCCGUGGAUAACAUGAACGAUAAAUGUAUCAUAAUGAAUGAGCGACUACAGAGACUUGGAACACCGUACAAGUUCAAGAGGAUCCCACUAUGCGUAGUAUGUGUGUCUCAUGAUACACUGUGUGUAACGGGUGGUGGUGGUGGUAAUGUAGUAUGUCUCCUGUCUGUGAGUACAGACAAUACCAUCACACUGACCAGGCAGAUCAAAACAUCAUCCAAGUUCGACUCUAUAUGCUGCAUGUCUCCAUCUAACAUGGUCGUGAGUACGUACCAUGAUCCCCGUCCUGCUAGAAUGCUAUCAGUGGACGGGGUAGAGUCAGACUUUGAUCACUUCCUGACGUUUCCUAUGAAGACGUACAAAGUAGAUGAGAGUAGGUGCACGUAUGUCCAGUCUAAGAACACGUUAGUUCUGACUGACAGGUUCGCUCAUACGGUAUACAUGUACGACACCUUGAAAGGCACGUCUAGAGCAGUCACUAAUGAGAACAUACAGGAACCUUGUGGUGCCUGUGUAGGGCCUGGUGACUCGGUGCUGGUGUGCAGUAUGAGGAAAGACUCCAUCGUGCACCUGACCAUUAACGGUAAAAUACUGGGUACCUACCCAGUGGAUAUGAAGUGCCCGUACAGCAUAUGUAUGUCUAAGGAUGGUACCAAGCUGGUGGUGUCUAACUGCGCUAUAGGCGUCAAGAAACUUCACUUGUAUAAGAUAUCACCGGCAAUGAGUUAGCUGACUAGUAAGAUGUAAAUGUUAUUCAUGUGAUCAGGCUUUCUACACAAUUAUUAAAUAUUGACUUUCGUGUAUUGUUUGUGUUAAACAACUCGGAAUACUAUUCCAAUUAAUUAAAAUUAAAUAGAGUUUUAAUAAGGUUUUAUCGUUGAAGAAUUUCAAAAGAUUCCGAACUACCUACGUAUGUAUUUUGCAUGUAUUAUAAUGUAAUAUGUGUAUUUCUACCUACCUUCAAUAACUAUUUUAGUGUAUAUUUGAAGACAUUUAAAUAUAUUGUAUAUGUAAUUUUAUUUAAAUUCGCAUUUCAUGCAACGUAACCGGUGUGUACAGUAGUUAGGCGCGUUAAAGAUUUGUAAAUAUGUGUUAAUUUUUGAAAAUAAUAACUAUAACUGAACAUUGCUAAGCAUAUGUUUUCUUAAUGCCAUAAACAAUUUGCGUUCAUUCAAAAUAAUGCUUGUUUUUGUUAAGCCUACAUACGCAACACGAUUUAUGUUUAUCAACAAAUUCGACUAGAUCAUGAAUUCCCAGCCUGUCACCUCUGCCUGUCAAUAGUCUAAUAGCCCCGUCACACCGAACUGACGUCCUUACGGCGACCUAAGACUGUGUUUCUGAAAAUUUCUGACUGUCGUAGUAAGGACGCCAAUGACUUUUUCGGUAUAAAUGCUGUUUUUCGCCUUCCCGUCACACCAGCGUCCUGGUUUAUGGCGUUCUGCGCGUCCUCAUGGGGUCCUUAAUCCGUCCCUGGCGACCUUACCGCGUUCGUACUGCGUUUCACGGCGACCAAAGCCGACCAUACGGCGUCUGAGCGGGGUCCUUGGCAUUCUUACUGCGUUCUUAUUGCGACCAUAGUCGUUCUGAGGACGCAAUAGACGUACAAAGGACGUACUAAUGACGCAAUAAAGUCGCCGUACGGUCGCCUUGCAGUCAAUGAUCAUUGUCUGUGGGUUUUAGCGGCGACCACACGACGUCCAUGGCGAAUUUACAGCGACCUUACCACGUCCCUACUUCGACUACUGCGUCUCUACGGCGUCCCUACGACGUCUUUUACAGAACGCCAUUAAACGCCGGACUUCGGCGACUACUUUGAACAUGUUCAAAGUAGUCGCCGUGGGCUCGCGUCCUAUACAAUUUUCGCCAGUCUCACUUCGUCCUCUUGCUUCCUUACUGCGUUUCUCCGGUGUCUAUGACAUCCUCACUGCGACCUGGGUCGCCGUAAGGACGCAGUAAGGACGCCAGUCCGGUGUGACGGGGGUACAAGAUGCCUUGUAUCGUUCCAAUGUAGAGGAUACUUAAUAAGGCCAUUAAUUUCAGUUACUUUUGUUUGUUUUCAAAUAAAUUAUCAAAACGAUUACAUGUAUAUCAAAUUAAUUCUAUAUUAUUUUCUUAAUCUUAGCUUUGUUAUUAUUUUAUUUUUAAAUAAACCAAAAGUUGCAUUU